AUGGAAAAUCCGUGGACAUAUUCUUCGUUAACCUGUCAAAUGCAUUUGACGGGAUCUGCCACCAUGUAUGCUGAUGACAUAAAAAUAUAUGCCGCAUACGAUACUACCAACAAGAGUGAAGUUCAAGCAGCAUUUAGGCUAUCCCUAGCGAAAAUGUCGGAGUGGGCCGCCUCUUGGGGCUUGACGAUCAACUUAAACAAGUGUUCCCUUUUGCACUUGGGGGAUAACUUUUCGCCGAGGGAAGCUUUGGCUUCGAGCUUCAUGGAAAUUCGAAAGAGAUUCUAUUCACUUAUCUUAACUCCUAUUUCUGUCGUAUGGCCAGGAUGCUGGACAAGCUGCCACAUGCUCAGAUCUGGAAAACGGUAA